AAUGUGUUAUUUGUUUUGAUCUUUCAUUUAGUUGCUUAUGUUAAAACUAUUGCUUUUAUUUUUGACUCAGUUGAUUUCAUAGUUAGUUUAUAUUCAUAAUAUACCUAUUAUGAUAAUAUUCCUAAAAUUAAGGAACGAAAACCUACGUUUUGGUCUGUCAUUUUACUCCAAGGACUUAAAGUGAUUUUACCAACCCUUUUCUCCGAAAGUUACAUAAAUCAACUCACCUGAAUGUGCCAUAUCGAUGACAGCGAGCACCUGCUUCAGAGCUCUACCAACAUGGAAAUCAUACAAACGUAUCCAUUUUUGAAAUCAUUUUUAGCUGGAUCUGUUAGUGGAACUUGUUCUACAUUACUUUUUCAGCCUUUAGACUUAAUAAAGACAAGAAUACAAAAUGCCUCAAAGUGUGGACAAAAUAAGAAUGGAAUGGUCACUUUGUUUGUGCAAGUUUUACGCAAUGAGAAACUCUUGGGUUUAUGGCGAGGCACCUUACCAUCUGUGAUGAGAUGUGUUCCUGGUGUUGGAAUGUAUUUUAGUUCUUUACACUGGCUGCAGACAAACUUUGGUUCUGAGAAUCCACAUCCCUUGGAAUCAAUGAGUUUUGGUGUUCUAGCCAGAUCAUUUGUUGGUGUUACAUUAUUGCCUGUCACUGUUUUAAAAACCCGUUAUGAAAGUGGUAUUUAUGCAUACAACAGUUUAUCUGAAGCUCUUUAUAAAAUUUAUAAGUUUGAAGGAAGAAAAGGUCUUUUUUCCGGGAUGAUACCUACACUUUUUAGAGAUGCACCUUUUUCAGGAAUUUAUUUGAUGUUCUAUACCCAAACUAAAAAGAUGGUUCCUCCUUAUGUGCAUGACUACGUCUCAACAGCACCUGUUAAUUUCACCUGUGGAAUAGUUGCAGGAGUAUUUGCUGCAGGAAUAACACAACCUGCAGAUGUGAUAAAAACAAAAAUGCAGCUGUAUCCUAAAAAGUACAAUACAGUUCCAGUGGCUGCUACUCUAGUCUUUAAAGAAAAUGGAAUUCAAGGUUUUUUCUCUGGUAUGGUUCCUAGAGUGGUUAGAAGAACGUUAAUGGCUGCUCUGGCAUGGACUGUGUAUGAACAAGUCAUAAGCUGCUCCGGAUUGAAAUAAGCAGGACUGAUAUUGUUCUAUUAAAAGAACUGAUUGCAUUGGAAUGUGUGUUCAAUAUAAAUCAAACAGAGACAUUUUCUGUAUGAAGGAAUUGUAUAUGCCAUUUGCAUUUUUGUGUAUAGAUAUUAAACUAUGAUACUUUACUAAUGUGACAAAUUCAACAUUACAUACCUUUUGCCAAAGAUUACUGAAAUGAUAUUCUGCUGUCACUUGUUUAUUAAUGUUCAUAAAUCACUUUCCUUUUUGAUAAUUUAAAUGUUGAAUCAUUAUUUAAAUCUAUGAUACUUUACUAAUUUGACAAAUUCAACAUUACAUACCUUUUGCCAAAGAUUACUGAAAUGAUAUUCUGCUGUCACUUGUUUAUUAAUGUUCAUAAAUCACUUUCCUUUUUGAUAAUUUAAAUGUUGAGUCAUUAUUUAAAUCUAAUUUUUCAUUAAAAAUACCUUUAAAAAUUAAUUUACUUGCAAUAUUAAAUAUUUUGCCUUUUUAAAAUACCUUUUAUUGAAUUAGUUUUACUUUCUUUUUUGUUUUAUAAAUAAGAAUUAGUUUAAUGUUUUUAUUUAUAAAAGUAUAUUGAGAUAUUUAUGGUCUUGUAUUGUUAUAUGUAUAUUUUUAAAUGAUAUAUUUAUUGUUUUGAAUGUUACUUUAAGGGAAGUAAUUUUUUCUCAUUGUAUUGUAUCAAUACAUGCUUUAAUGAAUGAAGAUGCUUAGUGCAUUAUUAUUUAUUACACUGUGUAGAUAUUUGUAUAGUUUUAUGCAUCUUGUUGCGCUGACUUUUAGCUUUGUUAAAUACUUUUUAUUAAAAAAAAAUAUAUAUUUUUAAAUAAAAUUAAAAAAAAGUCA